UUUACAAGAGCGAAGACUCAAAGUGAAACUAAAUUUCAGGAAACAGGGAGUGGCUGAGCUGUCUACCUGCUGUGAUUUCAGCCUCGCUCAGAGACAAAAUGGCUUCAAGACUGGAAAAAGAUUUCUGCUGUUCUGUCUGUCAGGAAGUGUUUAAUAAUCCUGUUGUCCUGUCAUGUAGCCACAGCUUCUGUACAGACUGUCUGCAGAGCUGGUGGAGAGAGAAACGAACACGCGAGUGUCCACUCUGUAACAGAAGAUCUUCAAAGCCAGAUCCACCUUUAAACCUGGUGUUAAGGAACCUGUGUGAGAGUUUGUUACAGGAGAGAGAUCAGAAAGCCUCAGAGGCUCUCUGCAGUCUGCACUCUGAGAAACUAAAACUCUUCUGUCUUGACCAUCACCAGCCGGUGUGUGUCGUCUGCAGAGAUUCAGAUAAACACACCAACCACAGAUUCAAACCCAUCGAUGAAGCUGCACGACAACACAAGGAGGAACUUCAGGAAACUCUGGAGCCCUUAAAGCAGAAGUUAAAGUUUUCUGAACAUGUUAAGGAGGAAUGUGAUCAAACAGCAGAACACAUUCAGGUCCAGGCCCAACGCACAGAGAGGCAGAUUAAGGAGCAGUUUGUGAAGCUUCACCAGUUUCUAGAAGAGGAAGAGGAGGCCAGGAUGGCUGCACUGAAGGAGGAAGAGGAGCAGAAGAGUCAGAUGAUGAAGGAGAAGAUGGAGGCUCUGAGCAGAGAGAUAGCAGCUCUUUCAGACACAGUCAGAGCCACAGAGGACGAGCUGAGAGCUGAAGACGUCUCAUUCCUGCUCAACUACAAGGCUGCAGUGGACAGAGUCCAGCAGCGCCCCCUGCUGGAUGAUCCACAGCUGCUCUCAGGAGCUCUGAUAGACGAGGCCAAACACCUGGGCAACCUGACCUUCAACAUCUGGAACAAGAUGAAGGACGUGGUCUCCUACAAUCCACUGGUUCUGGACCCAAACACUGCUGAUCCAUAUCUAGCGCUGUCUGAAGAUCUGACCAGUGUGACACCAGGACAGAAACAGCAGCUUCCCGAUAAUCCAGAGAGAAUAAAAUACUGGUCUGUCCUGGGCGCUGAGGGCUUUAACUCAGGGACUCACAGCUGGGAUGUUGACGUUGCAUACAGUAAAGGCUGGACACUGGGUGUGUUAGCAGAGUCCGUCCAGAGGAAGGAACCCAUACAGUCUGGAUUAUGGACAAUACGGUUCUGUGGAGAGAAAUACAGAGUGAUAUCCCCACCAGAUCCAGAAACUGUUCUUGUAACGUGGCAGCAGUUCCAGAGAAUCAGAGUGAAUCUGGACUGGGACAGAGGAAAACUGUCGUUCUUUGAUCCUGAUACUAACACACACAUACACACCUUCACACACACAUUCACUGAGAAACUGUUUCCAUUUAUAAAAACUGUGAUUCUCCCGAUGAGGGUUUUACCAGUGAAGGUCUCUGUGACCAUAACAACAGAAAAUGAUGAUGAU